CUCAUAGAGGUUCCUUAGCUCGUGCCGGAGUUAGUUCAAACUGUCCCGGGACCGCGAGCUGAGACCCCCUCUGUUUUUACCUAUAGUGCUCUUGGGAUUUGACUCUCAGGGAUGGCCGCGUCUAUUUUGGAGGAGGAGGCCCGGUAUGGGUCCAGUCCCCUGGCGAUGCUGACCGCCACCUGCAACAAGUUCGGCAGCACCAGCCCGGCACGGGACACGGCCACGCCCGGCAAGGCCAGCGGCACCGGCCCGGUGAAGAAGCCCUACGGCCUGACCUCCGACCUCCAGGCGCCCAAGAGCGUGCGGGGCGGGGACGGGCUGGCCGACGCCUACACCGCCUCCUUCGGCGCGGGCGGGGGACUCCUCACCCCUUCCGGGAGCCCGCCCCCGCCCGCCGGGGGCUACUCCUCCGAAUACAACCCCUUCUCCCACUCCUUCCAGACCUCCGUGUCCCAGGACCCCUCCCUGCUGGCCUCCAAGGCCCACGCCACGGCCGACUGCCUGACCAGCGUGUACACCUCGCUGGACAUGUCGCACCCGUACGGCUCCUGGUACAAGGCGGGCAUCCACCCGGGCAUCACGGCGGCGCCCGCCAACCCCCCCACCUCGUCCUCCUGGUGGGACGUGCACCCCAACUCCAACUGGCUGAGCGCGGCCUCCCAGUCCCAGCCCGACCCGCUCCAGGCCUCCCUGCAGCCCGUGGCCCCCCAGGGCUCGCUCAGCCCCCAGCUGCCCAGCUACGGCGCCGACUUCACCUCCCUCAACCCCGCCCCCUACCCCGCCGUGGGCCUGGGGUCCUCCUCCCACCUCCUGCCCGCCCCCCACCAGCACAUGCUGCCGCAGCCCAAGCCCAUGCCCGGGGCGGGGCUGAUGGACCCCCCCAUGGGGCUGAAGCCGGCGCGGGCGUCGGGCGGGUACGGCGGGGGGGCCCCCGGGGGGCGCUCCACCUGCGACUGCCCGAACUGCCAGGAGCUGGAGCGCCUGGGGGCGUCGGCCGCCUCCCUGCGGAAGAAGCCGGUGCACAGCUGCCACAUCCCCGGCUGCGGCAAGGUGUACGGCAAGGCCUCGCACCUGAAGGCGCACCUGCGCUGGCACACGGGCGAGCGGCCCUUCGUCUGCAACUGGCUGUUCUGCGGCAAGCGCUUCACCCGCUCGGACGAGCUGGAGCGCCACGUGCGCACGCACACGCGGGAGAAGAAGUUCACGUGCCCGCUGUGCAACAAGCGCUUCACGCGCUCCGACCACCUCAGCAAGCACCAGAAGACCCACGCCGACGCCCCGCUCCAGGGCAAGGGCGGGGUCGCCGGCGAGGGGGGGGAGGCCCCGCCCGGGGGCGACCACGCCCGGUCCGGCGACGCCCUCAACGCCGGCGACCCCGCCCCCUCGGGCGCGGCCCCCGUGGACCCCGCCGCCGGCGGGGAGGAUAAGAGCGGGGUGGGGGGCGGGGUGGAGACGAGCGGAGGACUGUUGGAGAUCUGACGCCCCCCCACCACCACCCGAACCCCCCCUCCCACCCCACGCUGGCCGCACACGCUCAGGACCGCGUGCGGGAUGCGAAGCCCGUUUCCUGCGUUCUGCGACGUCUGCCCGUGAACGCCUCACGCGUUCAUCUGUAACGUGCUGCAGUACUCCGCAGCGACCUUUGACCUGUGUCCUCCCGUUUGGCGGGCGUGGCAGGCAUGCUAUGGUGUCAGCAGAUUAAAGCGAGUGAUGUCACACUGUACACGGUCACCCUCGGGUUCCUGCACCCUUUCAGAUUACCCCACAGUGUAACUGUCCAGAUUACCCCUCAGCAUUCAGAUUACCCCACAGCGUAACUGUUCAGAUUACCCCACAGCGUAACUGUUCAGAUUACCCCACAGCGUAAACUGUUCAGAUUACCCCUCAGCAUUCAGAUUACCCCACAGCGUAACUGUUCAGAUUACCCCUCAGAAUUCAGAUUACCCCACAGCGUAACUGUUCAGAUUACCCCUCAGAAUUCAGAUUACCCCACAGCGUAACUGUUCAGAUUACCCCUCAGAAUUCAGAUUACCCCACAGUGUAACUGUUCAGAUUACCCCACAGCGUAACUGUCCAGAUUACCCCUCAGCAUUCAGAUUACCCCACAGUGUAACUGUUCAGAUUACCCCUCAGCAUUCAGAUUACCCCACAGCGUAACUGUCCAGAUUACCCCUCAGCAUUCAGAUUACCCCACAGUGUAACUGUUCAGAUUACCCCUCAGCAUUCAGAUUACCCCACAGCGUAACUGUCCAGAUUACCCCUCAGCAUUCAGAUUACCCCACAGCGUAACUGUUCAGAUUACCCCACAGCGUAACUGUCCAGAUUACCCCUCAGCAUUCAGAUUACCCCACAGCGUAACUGUCCAGAUUACCCCACAGCGUACCUGUCCAGAUUACCCCUCAGCAUUCAGAUUACCUCACAGUGUAACUGUUCAGAUUACCCCACAGCCUAACUGUUCAGAUUACCCCACAGCGUAACUGUUCAGAUUACCCCACAGCGUAACUGUUCUGCUGGUGCUGAUCAGAUAUAAACAGAAUAAUCUGCCUGUGGAGCCCAUAAUGUUAAUAACAAGGGGCGUCUGUUGCCCCUUGUCCCAAAACAAGCUCACGCUGGAGAUCUGUUGACGGGAUUGUUGAGAACACAACACACACUCACUGGAUUAUGCUGCCAACAUUUAUAAUGUUGAACACUGAGGAAAAACUCCACACCCACAGUACUCACACACACACACUCAAAUAUACUCACACACACAUACGCACAUGCACACACACAACAAAAGACACAGGCACACACACACACAAACACUCGCACUCAAACACACACACACAUAUACACACAUUCUCUCUCACACACACACACACACACACACACACGUUGACUGUACAAAUAAGACCACUGGUAUAGCUCCCCCGAAGCAAAUGGUCACUUGUGGCAAAAUCUACCGACAACAGGAGGGACAGGGGGCUCCCCCCCGUCCCCCCCCCACUGGUAAUUAUCCGUAGUGUAUGUUACAAUAAUGUCUAAUCUUUCUAUCAAACACCACUCAAGUGUUAUUCAAUUUCUACAGCUUUUUGAAUCUGCACACCAUAGUUUGCCAAGCGCAAGGCUACUUGUCUUACAAGAGAUCUCAGUAAGACAUCACAGUGUAAGUAACUCAGCCUGGGAACAGGCACCCUGGAGUUUUCACGAGUAAAGUACCACUUUUUGCAGAAAUGGUAGAUGUAAUCGCAGUAGUCAAACUGAUUUGGUACCUGGAUCCUCUCAGUCUUUAAGUGUUCGUUCAUGUACGUGUGAUUUGUCUGACUGUGUUUUUAUGGGUGGGCUUUCUUUUACGUUUUAUUUAAUUUCGUUCUUACUUGCAAUUCUUUUAAUUUAUGUCUUAAAUUAUGAAAAGAAAAUGCUGCCUGUAUUUGAAAUAGAAUAAUCAUUUUGCAUUUUACAGGUAUCGCUUAAUUUGAUGUGAUAAUGGUAGCAGGCCAUUUUUUAAACUAAAUAAAUUAAGAUGUUUUUAAUUUUAUUAUUUAUUAAACCGUUUUGAAGUUAUAGUUAAUUAUAUACCAAUGCUGCAGGUACUUAAGUGGGAUUUUAUUUAUAUAUCUCGGACGUUAGUUCUGCCGUAAAGCUACCAUUCCUUUAUUAUUUUCCAGUGUUGACAUUAUUCAAAUAUGGAGCCGUGAUGGCUCUUGUUCUCCAUUGUCAUUUUUAUUUUGUGUCUUAAACUUUUUAUUUAAAUACUAUUUUAAUAAACAAUUUAAGAGUGUAUAUAAAAGGCUUCAUGGAUUUUUUUGAAUACAUUGUAAAGUGUAUUUAUUUGUCUUGUGUGUUUAAUGUUUUUCUUUUUUCUUUUCUUUUUUUUUGUUUUAAUGGCAUUUUCCUCCAAAACAAUCUGCAAUGUAUUAACAAUAAUAAUGAUAAUCAUUUUAAUAAAGGUAAGAAUAACAUCAUUAAUUUCUAAAGUCAAAUAGUUUGAGUAAGCUAUCAGAUACUAAUGGUGCUAAUGACUUGUAGAGAUAAUGUAAUUGUCUUAAUGCUUUGAUCAUUUGUUUUUAUGAUAUAGACUAGUGUAUUGCAUAUGUUGCUGUUGCAUUUGCGCAGAAGUCUGGCUGCAUUGUCACAUGACUUGUGAAACGCAGUGUCUCUUUCCCAGCGAUGUAGCAGAAGUGCAUCGCUGGCUGUUCAGUUUAACGUCCGUAAGAGCAGGCAGUAAGAAUAAAAUGUCUGUCAUGUUGGGGAAAGUGUACCGUGACACAGCAACUUGGUGCUAAAGUAAAGAAACACUUUAUUUACCGUU